AUGGAGAACCAAGUCGCUGUGCCCCGGAAGUUGUGGGAGCAUCCAGACCCGAAGAGCACGUUGAUGUACGAGUUCAUGCAAGACAUCAACCGGAAGAGCGGACAAAGUCUAAAGACCUUUCGCCAACUCUACGACUACUCCAUCAACCAACGUUCAGACUUCUGGUCCCAUCUCUUCCAGUUCAGCAACUUCAUCUACGGCGGCACUUACAGCCGCGUGGUGGAUGAGAGCGCGUCGAUUGACCAGGUGCCACGAUGGUUCGAGGGCGUGCGCCUCAACUUCGCAGAGAACGUCCUGUACUCGCGGUCGGCCGCGGACCCGCAGGACCACCGCUCCAAGCUGCACAAGGAGGACAGCAGGGUCGCCAUCACCGAGAUCCGCGAGGGCGGGUCGGAGCUGCGCGAAUGCUCGUGGGGGGAGCUCAGGCAGCGCGCCGCGGCGCUGGCGGCGGCCAUGUACCACACCAAGGGGGUCAGGCAGGGGGACCGCGUGGUUGUCGUCGCGGCGAACAGCAUCGAGACGUUCGUGGUCUGGGUCGCGACCAACUGGCUCGGGGCGAUCUUCUCGAGCAGCUCGACGGAUAUGGGUGUCAAGGGCAUAUUACAGCGAAGUAUCCAGGUGAAUCCUAAGCUCGUCUUCGUGGACGACGCGGCCCUUUAUAAUGGCAAGAUAGUCGAUCUCCGCCCAAAAAUGAAAGAAAUCGUCGAAGGGAUGAAGGAAUGCGAUGCUCUCACAUCACUGAUCUCCAUCCCGCGUUUCAGCCAGCCGCGGGACAUCAACUCCGUGCCCAGGGCGGAGACACUCGCCAGCCUCCUGGCCAGCACCAAGCAGCCGGCACCAGAUUUCAUCCGCAUAGCCUUCCACGAGCCUUCGCUCAUCUGCUUCUCCUCGGGGACAACCGGGAUGCCCAAGGCCAUCACGCACUCUGUGGGCGGCCUGAUGGUGUCGUACUUCAAGGAGGGCCGAUUGCACGAGGGUCUGGGCCCUGAGACGGUAGGGAUGCAGUACACGACGACGGGCUGGAUUAUGUACCUCGCAAACGCGGGCCUGCUACUGUUUGGGGCGCGUUCGGUCUUCUACGACGGCUCGCCGUUCCAGCCCGACGUCACCGUCCUGAUCAAGAUCCUGGGCGAGCAGGGCGUGACCAAGUUCGGCACGAGCCCGCGGUGGCUUUUUGAGGUGGCGAAGGCUGGCAUGAGUCCGAGGGAUAUGGUCGACCUGUCCAGGCUGAAGACGGUGACUUGCACGGGGAUGGUCUUGUCGGACCAGCUCUUUGAGUGGUUCUAUGACAAGGGUUUCCCCAGGCACACGCACCUGGCGAAUAUCUCGGGCGGCACUGAUCUUGCCGGAUGCUUUGGUAUCUGCAACCCGCUAGAACCGCUGUACGUCGGGGGGACCCAAGGGCCCUCUCUGGGCACUGAUGCCCGUAUCUUCGACGCAACGCUGCCGGAUGGUCCUGGUAAAGAAGUGCCGCACGGCACGCCUGGGGAGCUUGUGGCCACGGUCGCAUUCCCCAAUGUGCCCUGCCGCUUCUGGAUCGACAAGGAGCCUGUGGCGACUCCGGGGUCGAAGUUUCACUCGGCUUACUUUAAUCGCUUCGAUCACGUCUGGGCACACGGCGAUUUCUGCUCGAUCCACCCGGUCACGGGCAACAUCACGUUCCUCGGGCGCGCAGACGGUGUGUUAAAUCCGUCUGGGGUGCGCUUCGGCUCCGCGGAGAUCUACUCGGUGAUCGAGCGGCGGUUCGCGGACCAAGUUCAUGACUCGCUCUGCGUGAGCCAGCGGCGGCCAACGGACCAGGACGAGACGGUGAUGCUGUUCCUGCUGAUGAAGCCCGGGCACCGGUUCGACACGGCGCUGGUGGCCGAGGUCAGGAAGGCCAUCGCGAGGGACCUCUCGAAGCGCCACGUGCCCAAGUAUAUCUUUGAGACGCCUGAGAUACCGACGACUAUCAACAUGAAGAAGGUGGAACUCCCGGUCAAGCAGAUCGUGUCCGGCCACAAGAUCAAGCCCAGCGGCACCCUGGCCAACCCGCAGAGCCUGGACUUUUACUACCAGUUCGCCAAGGUAGAGGAGCUGGUCGCCCCGAAGGGAAAGUUGUGA